AUGGACCUGCACAAGCAGUGGGAGAACACAGGGACUGCCUGGCACAAGGAAAAAAUGGAGUUACUGGACCAGUUUGACAAUGAAAGGAAGGAAUGGGAAACCCAAUGGAAGAUUAUGCAGAAGAAGAUAGAAGAGCUUUGCCAUGAAGUAAAGCUUCGGAGGAAGCUCAACAUGAGUGAACGUGCCAAGGUCAUUGAUCUUGAUCAUGAGAAAGUCAGGCGAGAUAAAGUGGUGGAACCUUACCCCAAUUCAGGACAAUGCGAAUUUACAGGGAGGAACCACAAGGAUGGCCUGGAAAAAGAAAAUAGAACGGAGCAGAGCUUACUCAGUGAAGGAAAUCAAAUGUGUAAGGAACAAAAAGCAACCAAAAAGGUAGGGUUUGCGGAUCCCCUGGCCACAGACAGCCAAAAGGAAUGUGAAGCCUGGCCUGACCUGAGGAUUUCUGAAGAUGUGAGCAAGGGCUGCUCUGGCGCCCUCAGCACAGCUCUUGAAGAACUUGCCAAAGUCAGUGAAGAAUUGUGCUGCUUCCAAGAGGAAAUCCGAAAGAGGUCUCACCAUAGAAGGAUGAAAUCAGAUUCUUCUCUCCAGGAAAUGCCACAUAAAAUGAACAUGCCCCCUGGAGACCACGGGAUCAACAAUGGCCAGUGCGUUCUUCCAAUCAGUUUAGAAAGAGAAAAACAGAAAAAUAGAAAGAAUCUGAGUUAUGCUGACAUGUUCCAAAGCAAUUUUAUGAAAAAAUGUGGAGUUGAUACAAUUGAUCCAAUACAAAGAAAUGAAACUCCACCAGCUCCUCCUCCCAGAAGUACAUCUCGAAGUUUUCCCAGCGUGUAUCCUGAACAAGCCCAUGAGAGUUUGAAGGAAAGUUUAGACCACAGUAGCCAGGUGGUCCAAGAGGGUCAAGGAGGAAGGAGCUGCACUCCGCAUGUCCUUCUGAGGCAUGAUGAGAUGCCUUCACUGUGUCUAAAGGAAGGGAAGAUUUUGAAGGAUGGUACCCUGUUUUCUUCGUUGGCAUCUGGAGCCAAAAUGGCUAACAAGCCUCCGUGUCGUGAAGAUGCUGGAUUUGGCAUGUGGUCUUACGACACUGUGAUAGGCACAGAAAACAGCCCUUCUACCUUGUGGUUUCAGAAAACCUGUUCUACUCCCAAUACGUCAAAAUAUGAAAAGAUGACCCCAGAUCAUCCUGCUGAAUUCCACUCUGACCUUCAUGUAAGCAAUGACUCUAGUUCCUUGGUGAAGCAGAGCAGUGGCCCGCUUAGAAGUUUCAGUUGUGGCUUUGAAAAGACUACUAGGAAUGAAACGCUGGCAGCAAAAACUGAUGAAUUUAAUAGAACCGUGUUCAGAACGGAUAGAAAUUGCCGUGCAGUACAGCAAAACCAAAGCUACCCAGAAUCGUCUCAAGGUCUUAAGCCCUGUGAUACCUUAAAUACACCUCUAGGCAGUGUACCAGAAAAUGACCAUGUGUCUGGUAUUCUGAAAACCAGUGCCCACAUGCCUGUGCCUAGAGAAAAUGUGCCUGAUAACCCCACCAAAAAACCCACAACAGGCCCCGUCAGACAAACACAGGAGCACAUAACUCCCAGUAGUUAUCGGAAUAUGCUCCACGAGCAUGACUGGAGACCUAGCAAUUUGUCUGGCCGACCAAGAUCAGCUGAUCCUAGGUCAAAUUAUGGUGUUGUGGAAAAGCUGCUGAAAACCUAUGAGACAUCAACAGGGCCCGUAUUGCAAAAUUCUAAAUGCUGCCAGGAUAAUUGGACCAAAUGUAAUUCUGAUGUCAGUGUUGGGGCCACAUUAAGUCAGCAUUUAGAAAUGCUCCAAAUUGAACAAGAGCUCCAAGGGAAAACAGCUAUGUGUAGGGCACAACAAGUGAAGCAAGGAGUGGACUGGAAAAAGAUAACAGAGGAAUCCAUGGCAGUGAAAUGUUCACCCGGAAAAGGAUUUUCCCGUCCAGCUAGACCAGCAAAUCGCCGCCUCCCAUCCAGAUGGGCGUCGAGGUCUCCAUCGGCGCCCCCCGCCUUGCGGAGAACUGCCCAAAGCUAUACUGUUGCUCUGCGAUCUGAAGCACCGAUGGUCUGA